AUGUGUGAAAGGAGUAGUAAUGACAAAAUCAAAAUCUAUGUAGACAACAAUGUUGGUUUCGUCUGGAGUAGCGAAGAUGUUUUAUUACUAAGACGGCAACAUAGAAUCAUUGGAAAACUUGUAGGAGCUUUACCCAGGGCGCCUCAACAGAAUAACCAACUUGGCUUGCCAUUACAGCUGUCUCCCGAAGAAGUUACAGUCAUUGUAGAAAAAGGUAUUGCAGAAUUAAUCAAAGAAAGAAUCCCUGGACGACCAUCAAAUGAAGAAGCAAAGGCUUUUGCAGAACACAGACAUCGCUCGUACACACAGCAGAUUCCGUUAUGCAAACGUGAAAGAGAACUCGAUAUCCAUCGAAACUUAUCUAACAUUGCCAAAGGCAGGAAGGCUAAACGUAAUCGGCUCUUAGAGGAACAAAAACAGCAUGGAAUGGAAGUGGACGAUACAGAAUUUGAGAAAGAAAUUCAAGUGAAUAUUGAUGACAUUGAAAUUGCUCCAAUCAAAGAAAGUAGUUCAGUUGUCCAGCUCUUUACAGAAGAUCCAUGGAUACGACAAAAUGUUGAAGAAGCCGAAUGGAAAUUUCCAACAAAUUCCACGGAAUAUUUGCGGUUUCGUGUCUUUAAAGAAUUUUGGACUCAAGGAUACUUCUUGACACAGGGAUCCAAAUUUGGUGGUGACUUCCUUGUGUAUCCAGGUGAUCCUGCAAGGUUUCACUCUUUUUUUAUUGCUCGUUGCAUGCCUCACACAAAAAAAGUACAAAUUUUGGAUAUAGCAGCUAUUGAAAGGCUAGCAACGAGUGUUCGAAAGACUGUAGUAAUCUGCUCAUUAGAUGAUGCAGACCAAAUUUGUUUCACAUCCUUGCAGUGGAGAGGCAUUGGCUGGAAAACCACAGGCUAA